AGGGGUCGGGGGAGUGGUGGUAAUUUGCUUUUAAAUGAUUUUUGCAAAGGAGAGCACCAAACCCAGUUCCUGCAGCUGGGAAAACUCAUUUUUCCUCCUCCAGCACGGGCUCCAAGCACCCGAGAUUUGCGUAGAGAAAUAACUGGGUGAUUUAUCCUCUUUGAGAAGGAGGAGCGAUUGCUAUGGGUUUUUUUGGGGGAGGGGUUCUGGAAGAUUUGGGACAGGAGUCUCCAGGAAGAGGAGGAGCACCCAGGGUUUGGUGCAGUAGGACUUAGCUGUUAGGUAAAAUCUGGGUGAAGAUGAAUUUUAGGGUAAGGAUCUCUCAGCAGAGCGUUGUCUGCAGGUUACAGAAACAUGUUUGUUGUCAAUGGGCUGGGGUUUACCUCUUUUUCUAUUUUUUUUAAGGAAUCAUGCUCUCUGUAUUUCUGUUUUCCCCUUCUGCUUCCUCCUCCUCCCCAUUAACUUUUGGAAAAAAAAAUUGUUUAGCCAGAUUUGAUGGAGGCAGAGGGUAUAAAGUUCCUGCAAGAUUUGAGAAAAUACGUAAAGGAUGGAGUUUUUUAUUAGCUGCCUGUCCCCAUGCCUUACCCUCAUUUUGUGAUUCAGCUAAGCCUUUAUAUUAGCUUAUUAGAGAAUAAUAAUCUAUUAGAUUAUUAGAGAAUCCACAGGUUAAUAAAAUAGAGGGUUUUGCAUAAAAAAUUUGCAUACAAAUCCGUAGGAUGAUGGCUGGCAGUGGGUUGCACGCUGGGCUCUGCUUAUGGGGGGUUAGCUGGUCUCUGCUUACGGGGGGUUACCUCCUUCUUUCAGGGGGUCUGGUGGCACCAGCCAUGGAGCCGUACGUGCUGCUCGACCCGCGACAGAGAGCACUGUAUCGUGACGUGAUGCAGGAGAGCUAUGAGACGCUGAUGGCACUGGAAUUCCCUGUUUCCAAGCCCGAUCUGCUGUCCCGCCUGGACCACGGGAAUGAACCUACAGCCCUGGAUCUCCACAUGCCCAGGGACACCUUGGCCACAGAGGAUGGAGCAGGAGAGGAGCAGGAACCCCCUCAAGAAGAAGCUGUUGAGAAAGAGCCUGAAGUAGUGAAACCUGCAGGUGAGGAGCAUCCUUCGAGCCCCACCGAGGCUGGGGCGAAGGCGAGCAGGAGUGGGGAACUGGGGGAGACGGCCACGCGCCCGGGUGAGAGCCAACCCAGCAACACGUGUAGCGAGUGCGGGAAGAGCUUCAGCCACAAGUCAGCCCUGGUGAAGCACCAGAAGAUCCACACUGGCGACCGCCCGCAUGAAUGUCCUGACUGCGGCAAGUGCUUCAUCCAGCGCUCAGACCUCACCAUCCACCAGCGGGUCCAUACGGGCGAGCGGCCCUAUGCCUGCCCCGACUGCGGGCGCCGCUUCAGCGUCAGCUCCUCCUUGCUCACCCACCAGCGUACCCACGCGCCCGGCGGGGAGAAACCCAACCGUUGCCCCCAGUGCGGCCGCAGCUUUGCUGAUCCGGGAGCCCUCGACCGGCACCAGAAGAGCCACCUGGGCGGGAAACCCUAUGAGUGUGGCGUGUGUGGGAAAGCCUUCGCCUGGAGCUCCCACCUCGAGCGGCAUCGGCGCAUCCACACCGGCGAGAAGCCCUUCCAGUGUGCUGAAUGCGGGCGAGCCUUCGCCUGGAGCUCUCACCUCGACCGCCACAUGCGCACCCACGCUGCUGCCGCCGCCUCCGAGGACGAGGAGGAUGGGGAGGCAGAGGAAGAGCCCCCUCCACCCCCCCAGAAAUGCGCCGACUGCGGCAAGCGCCUCAACCACCAGACGGACCCCCAGCGCUUCAAGCACAAGGGCACUCAGACACUGCCGGCCGGUGCCGAACCUGCUGGCAGCCCCCCACGGCCCUUCCGCUGUGAACAGUGCGGCAAAUGCUUCGGCCAGAGCUCUAACCUCCUCAAGCACCAACGUGUCCACACCGGCGAGCGGCCAUACCCCUGCCCGGAUUGCAAACGGUGCUUCCGCUGGGGCUCAGCCCUGGCCAAGCACCAGCGCACCCACGCCCGGCAGCAGCAAGCCAGCGACGCCACCAAAGCCGUGCCGGCAGCCGCUGAGGAAGCCAGUGCUGGAGGAGGUGGCAAACCCUACCCGUGCGGGGCGUGUGGGAAGAGUUUCGGCUGGGUCUCGCACCUGGAGCGUCAUCGCCGCAUCCACACUGGAGAGAAGCCCUUCCGCUGCGGGGAGUGCGGGCGGGCGUUCGCUGUCAGCUCCCACCUGGAACGGCACCGCCGGGUACACACCGGCGAGCGGCCCUACCGUUGUGGCGAGUGUGGGAAGAGCUUCGCUGUCAGCUCCACCUUGCUGGCUCAUCGCCGCACCCAUGCUGCCCAGCCAGGCCGGCCCCACGCCUGCCCCGAGUGUGGUAAGUGUUUUAGCACACCAGCCAGCUUGGAGCGGCACCGGCGGCUUCACCGGGGCGAGAAACCCUACCAGUGUGGUGUCUGCGGCAAAGGCUUUGCCUGGAGCUCCCACUACGACCGGCAUCGGCUCACCCACACUGGCGAGAAACCCUACCCCUGCCCUGACUGUGGGAAAAGCUUCGGGGUCUUCUCCAACUUGCUCCGUCACCAGCGGAGCCACGGUGGGGACAAACCCUACAAAUGCCCUGACUGCGGGAAGGGUUUCGGGCACAGCUCGGCGCUGGUGACGCACCGUCGCAUCCAUACGGGUGAGAAGCCCUACCAGUGUGCUGAUUGUGGCAAAAGCUUCAACGUGGUUUCCAACUUAGUGCGCCACCGGCGGAGCCACACUGGGGAGAAGCCCUACAAAUGCCCCGACUGUGGCCGGCGUUGCAGUCAACGUUCCCACCUGGUGACCCAUCGCCGGUUGCACACAGGCGAGCGCCCGUACCCGUGCCGGGAGUGCGGGAAGAGCUUCAAUGUCAGCUCUGAUCUCAUCAAACAUCGCCGCACCCACACUGGGGAGAAGCCCUAUGAGUGCCGCGACUGCGGGAAGCGUUUCAGCGGCAGUUCCAACCUCAUCACCCACCAGCGGCUGCACAGCGGCGAGCGGCCUUACACCUGCGCCGACUGUGGCAAGGGCUUCACCAUCAGCUCCAAGCUCAUCGCCCACCAACGGACGCACAGUGGCGAGCGACCCUACAGCUGUGCUGACUGCGGCAAGGGCUUCAGCGACCAACCCCACCUCGUCCGGCACCGCAGUGCCAGCUGGCGGGAGAAGCGCUACAAGUGCUCCGAGUGUGGCAAGGGCUUCACCACCAGCUCCUACCUCCUCACCCACCAGCGCAGCCACACUGGGGAGACGCCAUUCCUCUGCAGUGUGUGCGGCAAGAGCUUUGCGGUGGUCUCCAACCUGGCGCGGCACCGGCGUGUGCACACUGGGGAGAAGCCGUUUCGGUGCGGGGAGUGCGGACGGCAGUACAGCCAACGGGCUCAUCUCACCACCCACCAGCGGGUCCACACCGGCGAGCGACCCUAUGUCUGUGGGGAUUGCGGGAAAGGCUUCAAUGUCAAUUCGUCCCUCACCAAGCACCGGCGGGUGCACACCGGGGAGAAGCCCUACCACUGCCCUGAGUGUGGGAAGAGCUUCAGCCAGAGCUCCAAUGUCAUCACACACCGGCGGCUCCACCACAGCCACGGGGUGCACCAGCUCUGUGCAUGAGUGGCUCCAGCUCCCACACCAUGCUGGUGAAGCCUAGUGAUGCCAGCCCAGCCAGGAGGUCUUCUCCAGAGACUGGAAGUCAGCCAGGACUUUGGUUAUCUUGGCACAUGCGGGAGAGGGAAGAAAGACCUGUGUGUCGGGGGGUAUGAAGGGAAGAAUAGGAACCAAGCAUGGCCACCAUCAGCAGAAAACACCAACUCUGGGUGAGGUUCCUCCUGCUUUGCUUCUGUUCCUCCCAGCCAAAUUAGUCCAGGGCAUCUCCUGCUCUCACCCUGCCCAAACACAACAAAAAAAGGACCUUUGUUUUUCCUCGCUGCUCCAAACUCUCCCCACAUCAUGACAUUUGAUACAAUGGGCCCAAGGGCUGUUUCAUCUCCCAUCUGGCAUUCUCCUCUCCUCCAGUGAUCUGCUAGUAGUGAUAACAGCUUCAGGAAUAAAAGGUGGUGUGAUAAAUACCAGUUGUGAUCUCUGUGCGCAUAUGGGUGUGCACCCACAGGGAGUCGAGACCCAUGAGCCCCACAGCCCCCUUUUACCUCCAGGCUUGCACAGGAGGAACUCCCCAGAGCCUCAGGGGCCCCAAAGGGGCUCCAGCAGCCAGCAAGUAGCAAGCCCAGGGGCAAGAGGCCACGAGGGUUGGUCUCCUCCUACCACUCCACAUCACUUUGGAUCCCAUGGUGGGGAAUCCUGAGCUGGGAGAGUAAAAACGCCAGGGGAGGUCACUGAUCCUUCCAGAUGGGCCCAAAGUGUUGCCCUUGUUGGCUGAACUCAUGUACUCGGGUAUCCCAGAGCUGCACAGACACCUGGAGCUAUUUGAGCUCUGGCCACAGCAAGGCAUGCAAUGAGGGAGACAAGGAAAGAUAUCCAUGGCGAGAGGACAGGCCCUUGUUAUUCAGUUCAUGCAAGAGGAUCUGCUGGGGAUGGAGAAGGCAAAACACACUCCACCUUCACCUUUCAUAACCUUAUCCACAGCAGCCUGUAACUCCAAGGUAUCAAUGAAGGACCCCUGGUGUUACCUCCUCUGGCAGAGGGCUUUACUGCUGCAAAAAAUAAACUUGCUGCAAAUUUGGGGGUAGGGGUGGGUGUACAUGGGAGGCAGGAAAGAUCAAGCUGUGGUGGGAUUAAUUCUUGAGGAUGAGGAGAGUGAAGAAGGUUUUUGGCAGUGUCAGGAUGGCCGAGUGGUCUAAGGCGCCAGACUCAAGGCAUUGCUUUCCCUGCCCGGGGAUUUCUGGUCUCCGAAUGGAGGCGUGGGUUCAAAUCCCACUUCUGACACACCUUUUCCUUCUAACAACUACAAUUUUUAAUAUUAUUUUAAAAUAAUUCCCCUAUCACUCCCACACCCGAGUUAAGGAAAACGCCGAUUCUCCUUCCUCCCCCCCACUCCCCCUCCUUGGUCCUGUACCAAACUCUACUUGCAAACUGCACCAACCCGUGGAGAAAAAAACACGAGGAUGAGGAGGGAAAGGAGGUGGCAGCGGGGUGCAUGCUGCUCCGUGGGUCUCUGGGCUGCAGGGGGAGGCUGGGGCAGCGCAGCCGCCCCCUCCCCGGGGUCUGUCGUGACGCGGACACGCGUGGGUUCGCGGCGCCAAAAAGUUGUCACCACUUCUCCGGUGGUCAGGAUUCGGCGCGCUCACGACCGGGACGACGGUUCGAUUCCCGGUCAGGGAAAUUCCUUUUCUCCCCCGGCCCUUCAAUAAAAGAACUACUUUUUUUUUUUUUUUUUUUUUUUUUGCCUCUGAUGAUAUCAAUAAUAGGCUUUUCCGCAGCAAAUUCAACCCUCGAAGCCACACACAGCAGUGGCAAACACCACCUGUUAGUCUAAAAGCCGGUUGGCACCCUUGCUGCACAGCAUGUGGCCAGGCUGUUCUUGGUUCUUUUUAAGAAUCACUGCUUUAGUUGUCAUGGGUAACAACUUGAUGAGGGACGGGUUUAGCAGAACUGGGAUAUCACCAUCACUAUCUUAGGGUAAUUUAGACUGGUGGGAUUUUUCCCCCUGCUCACAGCAAUUCCCAUCAUCUGCUGGUAAUUAAAGUCCAUAUAUUCAAAUAUAACCAUCUACUUGCAGCAAGGAGGCCAUGAAAGCCUGUACUUUUCUAAGGUAAAAGCCACUUACAGAUCCUCACUAAUGAAACACUAAGCCACAGCCCGACCCUUCAUCAUCCUUUCCUGCA